AUGGAGGCCCUCUCAAAUCUAAAUGUGCCAGGAUAUCUGCAAAGGAUGGUGCGAAGCUACUUCACCGACAGAGUCCUGAAAUACGAUGCAGACAUAGGCCCAAAAGAGUACAGAGUCACCGGUGGUGUUCCCCAAGGCUCAGUGCCUGGCUCUCUCGUGGCACGUUACGUACGACGGAUUCGUCAAUGGAUGGACUCAGUGAGACUGACGUUGGCAGAAAAUAAGGCGGAGGCUGUGCUGAUCACGAGCCGACAGAAGUUUGAAACCAUCACGCUGUAUGUCGGGAAUCAUGAAAUCAUGUCCCAACCGUCGCUACAGUACCUGGGGGUGAUGAUCGAUAACCGGCUUAGCUUCAAGCAGCAAGUGGAGUGCGUCAGCGCUAAGGCGUCUGGAGUUAGAACCGUCCUUUCACGGCUCAUGCCGAACAUCGAAGGGCCAAAGCAGAAGAGAAGAGCGUUGCUGUCAUCAGUUGUCACGUCGGUCCUCACAUAUGGCAUUCCCAUUUGGGCUGACGUACUCUUGAUCCAGCACGCGCGACGGAAGGUGGCGUCGGUCUAUCGAUUGAGCGCCUUCCGAGUUGCCAGCGCAUUUCGCACGGUGUCAGAAGAUGCCGGGUUCAAAUAUGAGGAAUCGCCGGAGUGCCCGGCCUGCACAGGAGUCUCCGAAGAUGCGAAGCAUGUAUUCUUCGUGUGCCAGCGCUUCAACGUGCCCCGCAGCACUCUUGAGACUGCACUCGGAGUGAGGAUUCAGCCUGAGAAUCUGGUGGAAGUAAUGCUUUCAUCAGAGGCAGCCUGGGAGGCAACAAGCACCUUUGUAGCGGAAGUCCUAAAGGACCUACGCAAGGCUGAACGAGAGAGAAACCGAGACACGAGGAAGAAGAAGAGCAAUUGA